UGGAAGACAUACUUUCACCGACACAUGCAUUUUUUGAUUUUGACUUUUCAGAGUUCAUUGACAAGAAUUUUGAUAUGUCAAACGAUAUUAUUCCGAAUUGUACUUCACCUUCUCUUAUAUCAACUAUAUCGUCCAGUUCUCGUCAAUCAGUAAAUCCUCCAAGUCCUCAGCUAGAUAACUCACUUUUAUGGUCAAGCAUCGAGGAGCUUGCUUUUAAGACAACAAAAAACGACACAAACACAUUUUCUUGUCUUGAUAUAUUUAUUAAAGAGCCUGAUAGUGAUCUCGUAGAAUUGGUUCAAAACAGUGAAACAGAUUAUGCUUUGUUCCAAAGCCUAAUCACAAGUACUUUGAAUCAAAAUUGCGAAACACAAAUCGCACAAAAGCAAACACCACAGCACUUUACGCCUUAUCCGCAAUCGCAACAAGGAAGAAGGAGAAAGACGGAUGACCAUAAUUACUUUACACAGCCUAUAAAGAAAUCAUCACUUAGCAGAUUUUAUGAUGACUCAAUGAAUGCACAUUUACUAAGAGAAUUACUUCGCCAAACAAGCAAUAAACAACAAGAAAUGAUACUACAUAAAGAUGCAGCACCAUAUUAUCACUUACCCACUCACAUUUAUCCAUCCAGCACAUCUUAUUAUACAUCAAAUCCUUCAAUUUCUAAGCCAUCAUCAUCAUCUAGUUAUUAUAAAAAAUCAUAUACGCCAUCUAAAAAAAACUACCAUCCUUAUUAUUAUCGAUCUAAUCAUAGUAGUAAUCGAAUGGCACAAUAUAAGCCCAUCAUGUACUCUUCGGAGCUGACACAGGCACAAUUAUUAGAAAUUCAAGCCAUUUCAAGGGCUCAACAAGACUUUAUUCGAGCUAGAGAGCAACAAGAGGCAGAAAAAGAGAUGAUGAUGAAGCAUCAACAUAAGAAAUGAUUCAAUGAUUUCUACUAUUAUCUAAAACUAUAUAAUAAAAUAUAAGGGAACAGAAUUUGUUUCCUAGUAUUGUAACCGUGUUACAAGAAAUAGGUUACCAAAUUACUUUUUAU